GUAAAUGUGAAAUGCAUUUUGGGGGAAAAUGAUUAAUUUGUAAAAAUAAUUAUUUGUACAUUACAUUACACCAAUUACAUUUACAUUAUGAAUUAGGCAGCAUGGGCUCUAUGCUGGAUUAAUAUACUUCCCUUAGAAAUAUAUUUGUUUGCAUUAAGACGAUCGUUGAAAUAUUACGUGGGGCAUUAUGUACAUGCAAGUGCUAUACGUGUGCAUUUUUCUGGUCCGCUGACCAUAGCGAUAGCGCAGCAUUAUUCCUUCUGAGAGAAACUAUGAUGUCUUCUUUCCGGUUCAAUCUCCUGCGUUCAUCUGCGUAGUUUGGCGCGUACCUUGUUAGUUUUGCCUCUACAUCUCGCUCCCUUCGCCCUCCCCUCCCUGUUUCUCUCUCUCACUCUCAUACGCACACUCAUACACACAAAGUUCUCCCCCACGCUCCCUCCUUCUUCGCGCUGUCUCAUUCACUUCGGUGUGUGAUCCACGCACUGACUCCAACUCGCGCGAGGGGGGGGGGGCGGGGUUGAAUAAAUAGCUCUGCGAGCAGGCCAUGAGACACACUCAGACUGAAACCACUUGCAGUGCAUAGACCACAAGCAAGAAGACUCCGAAGCCGGGAGUAAAAGUACCAACAAAUUGUGGAGCACCGUCAACGAACGCCGAAAGACAGCUUUUCAGCUACCUAUCGCAAGGCUGUUGGAGCUCCGCUACAAUUCGGUCCUUGGCUAUAGUCUCGCUGGACAUAGCCAUUAACAAAAGUUGGUAGUAAACUCUUUGGAGUUUGGUCAGAGUCGCUGUACUUAUCCGUUUUUUGCUUGUGGAAGUGGACUGCACUGAAACUUGGAAUCGGUCUGAUAAAGCAAGGUUUGGACUUUGUCUCUGCUUUCUUUAAUUCCCCGUCUCCUCUCCUGAAGUUUCCUCUUCAAAUUGUGUCAUGACGGCACUUUGAAGACUCAGAAAGUUUCUUUUCAACGGUCAAGCCAAAGGAAUUCAUCGCCUUUUGACAUUUGGAUGGAGUGAAUGCACUAGAAGUAUACGGAACUUUAAAGAUUGUUCCAUAUGGGCAUGUCUGUCAGACUGUCCUAAGAGAAGACAAUAACCCUCCAUCCAAAGUCUAGGGAGCGAAGAAGCCGCUAUUGUGUCCCUUUAGAGAAGCACCCAAGAGAAACCACCUAUCAACCUACCUGGAGUGAGAAACAAAGGAGAAUCAGUGUUCAACUCAACCCAUCUGCCAUCGUCAUGAUGACCAUGAUGGAGAAAAGUGUUCUCCCAGUGCUCAGCCUGGUCCUGAGCGUCCUUGUGUUGGGGGGUGUGAGCGCGGGCACGUUGUCUAGCCCGGCCUCCGCCUCAUCUUCCUCUAUCUCUUCCUCGUCCGGCUCAGCCUCACUGACCGUUGCCUCCUCCUCUUCGACCUCCGCCGUUGCUGCCGCCGCCGCCGCCGCCACUGUCUCUGCCUGCGGAAAAGUGGAACAGAACCGUUUCUUCGGCAUUAUGUCCUCCGAAAACAUCCUCCCCUCCACCCCUUGCUCCUGGACCCUGCAGAACCCAGACCCUCGCCGCUACACGGUCUUCAUGAAGAUCACCAAGCCCACAGAGGUGUGUGUGCCCCGCCAGGUCCGUACCUUCCAGUACGACUCCUUCCUGGAGACAUCCCGCACCUUCCUAGGCAUGGAGAGUUUCGAUGAAGUGGUCCGCCUGUGUGAUGCCUCCACCUCCGUGGCCUACCUGGAGUCCAGCAAGCAGUUCCUGCAGUUCCGGAAGCUUGUUCCCAAGCCUGGUCAGUUGGAGAUGAUGGCCACCGAGCAGCCCGAGACCCAGCAGCAGGACCAGCAGAACAAGGGCAAGGACUUCAAGAUCGAGUUCCUGGUUGUCGGCAAGAGGAACCCCAGCAUGCCCGCCUGCCAGAUGCUGUGCCAGUGGCUGGAGAGUUGCCUGGCGACCAGUACCCACGGUAACCCCUGCGGAAUCAUGGCUACCCCAUGCCAGUGCUGGGAGGCACCCAAGAGGAGGUCAAGCGGAUGCUACAGGGGCAGCUGCAUGCCCACCCCGAGGGACAGCGGUCGCGACGCCGAAAUCAUGAAGGGCUGGAGCGGAUGGGGACGCUGGUCUGAGUGCAGCACUGAGUGCGGAGGCGGAGUCCAGGUGCGCAGCCGAUCCUGUCAACCCGAGGACGGAGUGUGCAAGGGAGUGGUCGAGGAGGGACGUGCCUGCAACCCCCAGCUCUGCAUCGGUCAAGUCCGCCAGCGAAGCCAAGGCCUGCGCUCCAUGGUGAGCCAGAAGAGAGAUGGAGAGACCUCCCAGUAUGGAGUCAUGGCCCCCCAGAAUGGUGAAGGUGCGCAGGACGAGUGGUCCCCAUGGACUUCUUGCUCAGUGACCUGUGGAGAAGGCUGGCAAGGCCGCAGCCGUAUCUGUGACACCUUUGGCACCCAGUGCACCGGACCCCUCCGUGAGAACAGACCCUGCAACAACACCGUCUCAUGCCCUGUGCAAGGAGCUUGGGAUGAGUGGGCACCCUGGAGUCUGUGCUCUUCCACCUGCGGCCGUGGUUACCGUGAUCGCAUGCGCACCUGCAAGGAGCCCAAGAACGGCGGUGAGCCAUGCCGGGGACCAGCCAAACAAACCAAGUUCUGCAACAUCGCAGUCUGCCCAGUUGAGGGCUACUGGAACGACUGGUCAGCUUGGAGUACCUGUUCAGCAUCAUGCUCCAAUGGAACCAUGCAGAGGAUUCGCGAGUGCAAUGGCCCCUCAUAUGGUGGAUCAGAGUGCCGUGGUGGUUGGAAAGAGACCAGCAACUGCUUCCUUAGAGACUGCCCAGUUGACGGAAAGUGGCAGCCCUGGACUUCUUGGAGCUCCUGUUCUAAGACCUGCGGAGGGGGCAUCCAGGAGAGACAGAGGAACUGUGACGGGCCCUUUUUUGGUGGCGAACCCUGCCCUGGCCUAAAAGCAGAAUUAAAACGCUGCAAUGAAAAACGAUGCCCAGAACCCCAUGAGAUCUGUGGUGAGGACAACUAUGGCAACAUGGUGUGGAAGAGGACCCCUGCAGGUGACUUUGCUGCAGUAGCCUGUCCCCCUGAUGCAACAGGUGUGAUCCUUCGACGAUGCACCAUGGAUGCUAUUGGUCUGGCCUACUGGGAGAGCCCCACCCAUGUGAAGUGUGUCUCCAAAGAGUACCAGGACAUCCAGACCCUGUCUCGCGAACAUCUCGCCAAGGCACAGCAAGGUCUUCUUGAAGAUGGUGUGUCUAACGUGAUCAUGAAGCUGAGGACUACAACUGAACAGGGAUCCAAAUACAGUGGAGAUCUGCUUGCCUCAAUGGAAGUCCUCAAGAACACAACACAGAUCUUCAGAGGAGCAGGCUACAGUGUUAGGCACGCGGACGUAGAGAACUACGCUCAGACAAUCAGCAACUUACUGAGGGAGGAACAUCGUGACAAAUGGGAAGAGAUGCAAAUGAUGGGGGCCAGCACUAAGGAGUUCUUCCGUCUGGUGGAAGAGUUUGUAGAUCUGAUUGGAACACAGAUGAAAGGAUUCCAGGACAUCUACGAGGUCACAGAGAAUUUAGAGCUGAGCAUCCAGAAGAGACCCAAAGCCAUGCCCACAGACAUCACCUUCCCAAUGAAAGGCUGGAGGGGAAUGACUGAGUGGGUCAGGAGCUCGGAGGAGAAGAUCACCGUCUCACGCAACGCUCUGUCCUUUGACGUGCCUGAUGAGGAGGACACUUCUUCUUUCGUGACAGGGAUCGUUCUCUAUCGCAACCUGGGAGUGAUGCUGUCUCUUCAGAGCAACACCACACUGCUGAACUCCAAGGUGGUCACUGUUAUCGUGAAGCCCGACCCUGGUCUCCUGUCCUCUCCCGUCGAGGUUGAAUUCCCUCAUCUGUACAACGGCACCAUCAAUGAAACAUGCAUCUCCUGGGACGAGAGUGAAGCCCUCUCUCUGCUCGGCUCUUGGUCUCCGCGAAACUGCAGAGCGGUGCCUAUCGACUCGUUCAGAACCAAAUGCGUGUGUGACGGACUCUCAACCUUCGCCAUUUUAGCGCGGUCAAAUCCUGAUGUGAACAUGGACAAAUCACAUAUCCCCUCCGUGACUCUGAUUGUGGGCUGUGGAGUGUCCUCUCUUACUCUUCUGCUCCUCAUUAUCAUCUAUGUCUCCGUUUGGAAGUACAUCCGCUCCGAACGUUCUGUCAUCCUCAUCAACUUCUGCCUGUCGAUCAUUUUUUCCAAUGCCCUCAUCCUGAUUGGCCAGACACAGUCUCGCAACAAGGUGGUGUGCACGGUGGUGGCAGCGCUCCUGCACUUCUUCUUCCUGUCCUCCUUCUGCUGGGUGCUGACAGAGGCAUGGCAGUCGUACAUGGCCGUGACCGGCCGCAUGCGCAAUCGCAUCAUCCGCAAGCGCUUCCUGUGUCUGGGAUGGGGUCUGCCUGCACUGGUUGUGGCUAUUUCUGUUGGAUUUACCAAGGCUAAGGGAUAUGGCACCGUCAACUAUUGCUGGCUGUCUCUGGAGGGCGGGCUUCUCUACUCGUUCGUGGGACCGGCCGCCGCAGUUGUCCUGGUUAACAUGGUGAUUGGCAUUCUGGUCUUCAACAAGCUUGUGUCCAAGGACGGCAUCACUGACAUCAAACUGAAGGAGAGAGCUGGGGCGUCGCUGUGGAGCUCCUGUGUGGUUUUGCCUCUGCUGGCCCUCACCUGGAUGUCUGCCGUUCUGGCCAUCACCGACCGCCGCUCCGCCCUCUUCCAGAUCCUCUUCGCCGUCUUUGACUCGCUGGAGGGCUUUGUCAUCGUCAUGGUUCACUGCAUCCUUCGCAGAGAGGUCCAAGACGCUGUGAAGUGCAGAGUGGUUGACCGUAAGGAUGAUGGCAAUGGCGAUUCUGGUAGCUCCCUUCAAAAUGGUCACACACAGCUCAUGUCUGAAUUUGACAAGGAUGCUGAAUCUGGCAGGCCAGGUGGCAUGAAGAGCUCCUCUGAGGAAAAGAUGCCUCCACCACAGAUGCCCCUGCCCAUGGGCUCCAACUUCCACACCCUCCCAGCCAACCCCACCACCAAGGUCCACAUGCAGUCCGUGCCCGACUACUCCAGCCACACCCUGACACUGAAGCGGGAGAAGGGCGUACGCAGCGGCAUGGGCCUGGACCCGUCCUGCGGCAAGCCUGUCUACGUGUGUGACAGCGAGAUCUUCAAGCAGCUGGACGCCGACCUGGCCCGCGGGCAGGCUGAGGGCAACUCCCCCGACGGCAGCGGCAGCGGUGGCUACGUGAUCCUGCCCAACACCACAUCCACGCUCCGCUCCAAGCCCAAGGACGAGUUCUCCGGCUGCGGCAAGUACAACAUCAGCGUGGAGCAGCUGCCCCAGGCGCGGCUCGUGCACCUGGGCGGUGGCUACGCCGAGCCCCAGGCGGCCGCCUACAGCAUGAAGAUGCUGCCGUCGGAAUGUGUGAGCGUUUCCUACUCCGAUCACGAAUCGCCCGUCCAGAACCUGCACAACAUGUCUAGCGAGUCGCACAUGACCGGCAGCCUGGGAGACACCUUCGACUCCAUGAACUCCAUGAUGUCCAAGAGCGAGACCAUUUCCACACUGUCUAUGAGCUCGCUCGAGGUGAGGGAUGAAAUGAGGCAGAAAUCACGCUAUGCGGAGCUCGACUUUGAGAAGAUCAUGCACACACGGAAACGUCACCAGAACAUGUUUCAGGACCUCAACAGGAAAUUACACCAUGCCGAGAAGGACAGAGAGUCACCCGCUUCAGACAGCAAGUCUGUAAGAUGGAGUGUGUCCUCAGGCGGCAGUGACAAAACUAACCACAGCGACAAACAGCAAAUGCCCUGUGAGCGGCCAUGGGAAGGUGUCCCCAGAUCGCAGCAGCAAUCACCCCCUGCCUGGGUGCGCAAGGACCUGGAGCCCAUGCAGCCCUCCCCCCUGGAGAUGCAGGCGGUGGAGUGGGAGAAGGCCGGUGCCUCCAUCCCCCUGGUGGGCCAAGACAUUAUCGACCUGCAGACAGAGGUGUGAGGGCCAGCCAGCACCACCCCCGCCAGGAAAAUAAAUAAGUCGAGUCCUUCUUGCACCCCUGCUUGUCAGCUUUUGGUUUGGUGAAUAGGGGAUCCCCAAUGGGCUAGGGUAGAGAUGAAAGGAGAGAGGAGAGAGAGAUAAGUCAAGUAAAGACAGAAGGAGAACAGAAUCCAGAAUCCAUGUCUUCAAACCCCCCCAGAGAUGGUAGAGGGCAAGGAGUCAAGAGUGAAAAUUGACUUUGUGAGCCGAAGUAGACAUCAGCAACAUAGUCAGUUUAUGUAGCAGAGGGCUUGAGACAUGAGACACUGGGGUUGGGGUCGGCAGCUGAGAGCCUCUGGCUUUGGAUCUGUUCUACUGAUACCGGGUCUGAGCAAUCCCUGCCCGUACUCGAGAGAGAGGUGUGUUCCACAUACCUGUGCCUUUUUGUUUCUCAUCUCCAUCCACGUGUGGAAAUGGCUGGUCCUCCUCCUCCUCCUCCACAUCCUCUUCAUCUUUGGGUAUGACCAACCAAUCGCUUGGCUGCUUGUGCUCUCCGAUGGUGGACUCUUCCAACCCACUGCGCUGUGAUUAUGGGGCGCAGAAUCCCACCACCCCCUUCCUUGACACUCUGUGGUAGAUGGACACAGUACUCUUUUUUAUUUUAGUGCUGUGCUUUAUCCUGUUGGUCUUCGCUUAUGCGUGGAACUGCUUCUCAAGAGCUUUCAAAAAGACUCUUCCAUUGAGACUAUUCACUGAGACUCUUCUAGGACAUCACUGGAGUCAUGGUUUGAACACUGAAACAUGGGACUUAACCUAACAGAGCUGUACAAUUCUUGUUAUUAUUAUUAUUAUUAUUAUUAUUAUUAAUAAUAUAAUUAUCAUGAGUAUUAUCACUUAUACUGUUAUUAUUUUGACUUUUGUCGUUCACCUUAGUCUUUGUAAUUUUUAUUCAUGUUAUAUCUUUUCUUUUGAAUACGUUUUCAUUUUCAGUAAAAAUGUUCACUGAUUACGAAGCCAAAAAAAAUCAUCACAAAAUGUAAUCAUCAACGAAUGCUUGAAAUCAACAAGAGAGCUCUUAUAUGACAUUGAGCUUCCUGAAGGACACUGCUUUGUCCAGAGAGAGACACCAGUGCACAAUGGGCUCUGCUGGACAACAAGCAUUGCGGAGUGGAGACGAUAAAGAAGAUAUCUCCCUCAAGAGAAUGACAUCAUAACAUUCCUCUCCAUACCUGUUCACUGCUCUGUUAUAAGCCCUGAAAAAAAGAACUCCAGGCCCUAGUAUUGAACUUUGUGGCACUUCUGAGUCACAUAUUGUGACCCACAUCUACCAAACUACAAAGUAAGAACUUCCACAGUGCCAACUCCAAAAGACUUUGACAGACUGUCGUGUUGUGCCAUCAUUUGAACGACAACCGUGCAAUAUGACGGCCGCUUGAUGCUCAAGCAGGACUCUUAUCAGGUCAAUGGCAGGUUUUAUAGUCACAUUUGAAGUGUGAGUUUUAUAAGAUGUUUCUCCUAUUUACGAAACGUAUAGAAUCUUUACGGCAUAUGAGGAAUCUGUGUUAGUAAUAAAAAGAAUACUUAUUCCUUAGUGAUCUGAUUAUGAUCCGAAAGAUAGGUAGAUUACUAUAACUCGGAAAAUAUCAGAUGUUCUAUAUAUACAAUAAAUAAUAGCCUGUAGAUAUCUUUUGAUUGUGCUUCAGGAUAUUCCUGUUUUUUUACGAAAAAGGCCCAUACUUUUGAAAUCAAUCGUCUUCUGUGCGUGUUCGUGUUUUAAAUCUGUCAGUUUCCUACUGUGUCUCAGCAUCUUAACGUCAUCACCUCUUGUCUUUACCUUUUCCUUUUCGUUCCCAGACCCAAGUCAUUUGUAUACCUCCUUAUACCUUUGUCAGAUGUCCUUUCACUUCCUUGUUUAAGUUUUCCUCUUGUAUAUGUACAGUUUUCAGAGCACAAGAUGAAUGUGUUGUUUGUAAUAAAAAACAAAAUCUAUAUUACAA